AUUAAUCGACUGUGGGACAGUGUGAAACAUGCCGGUCGGCCAUUGGAGAAACUAAAAAAAUCGGCGUCAUAAGUGCGAAGAAAUUUUGAAUAAUUUGCCCAAAAAUCGUGCGGAAGUGUGGAAAAAGUAGCGGAAAUAUCAAUUGGGGCACUACACUGUGUGAGGUAUUGAUGUGUAUUUGACGUGGAGUUGUGUACAAGAGUGGAAAAUAAUGGAUAUUGCUGAGCCUGUUGAAAAAGCGGCGGCGCUUCAUGUGGACGCCGUGGAUAAUGCGAAAGUCGAGGUGGAAGUUCACACAAACAGUGACUCCCUGAAGCGGCGUCAUUCCGGAGAACUCACGCGGGAACACGAGAGUGAAGCGAAGAAGGCCAAAACAAGCAACAAUGGCGAAAAUGCCGAUGAGGACGAUGACGAUGACCUGAUUGCGAAGCUGGAGGCGAUAGAGGCUCCCGUGCAGGGGAGUGAUGCCACAAAGCCGGCGGAUUUGCUGAAGAAACUCGAGGAGGAUGGCAAAUCAGAUGAUCUCCUUGAGCGCAUGGAGUGUAUUGUGGAGGGAAAGGCGCCAGCGUCAAAAAGCCCCCGACAGGUGGAUUCCGAUGACAAUCUCAUUGCUCAACUGGAGGAAGCCACAAAGGAUGUCCCCAAGGAGGACAAAAAGCCCACGGAAGAGAAGAAGGAACCCCCAAAAGCAGCUGAAUCGCCGAAGAAAGAUGAACCGAAGAAGGUGGAAAAUGUUCCGGAAGUGCGGAAAGAUGAAGCCACAAAAACGAUUGAAACUCCCAAGGAGGAAAUCAAAAAGAGUCCCGUAAAAGCUGCUGAAGCAGAUGUGAGAAAAGAGGAUGCCAAGAAGCAAGAAUCCCCCAAGGAGGUGAUAAAAGUAGUUGAGAAAGAUUCUUCACCCACAAAGAAGGAAGUUCCCAAAACUCCCAACAUUGAACCGAUGGAAGUGGAUGAGGUGACGCCCACAGAGGCUGCCCCAACAAAGCCCAAAGAGAGUCAGGAGAAGAAUGAAGAGAAUGUCAUCUCGUCCACAACAGAGUGUGGGGUCUUCAAAAACUCCAAGGAAGUCUCCUCACCAAAAGUUGCUGAGUCAAAGGCAGCAGCAAAGGACGUGCCCAAGGAGGUUAACAUUCCCACACAGAAAUCCCCCCAAGUUGUGGCAGAAGUCUCCUCAAUGGCGGACACAAAGAAGCCCGAUGUGGUGAUGAAGGAUGUGGCCAAGUCUCCCGCAAAGGAGGCAACUCAUGAAGUGAGCAAAGGUGCUGUUAAAACUCCCGAAAAGAUUGAGCCAACAAAGGAAAAGGUCGAGGACAAGAAAGAUGCUGACCCCGAAGUCUUGCCCCUGACAUCAUCGUCAUCGUCGGCGUCUGAUGAGAAAGUGACCGAAGUGAGCAAAGUUCAGCACAAUGGACUUAUUACGUCGUCAGAUCCCUCAAGUACGGCAUCCGAUGAGGAUAAGGAGGAGAAGAAGGACAUCCCCAUGGAUACAACGUCCACAACAGCAGCUCCUGCCCAGCCAACUAAGGAUACUGAAUCCCUGGCCAAUGGGAAGGAAUCAGUGGUGCGAGUUGAGGAGGAUGUGUACGAAGUGAAAUUUAGCUUCGAGGAGAACGCCAUAAAGUUCCUCCACAUUGAUAGAGUGGUGGAGAAGGAUACCAACAAGGGGACAACUGAGGGGGCAACGUCGACGACGGAGAAGGAGGUAGAAGUUGGUGAUGGUGAUUCACAGAGCAGCAGCAUGCCCAAGAGUGUGGUAACAAUUAAAGGAAUCUCGUCGCUUUGCACAUUUGUGAUGGAGCACAUGAGGAAGAUAAAUCCCACGGAGGAGGAGGAGGAUGAUGAGGAUGCAGAGGAGGCGAAGGGAGUGGCGAAACGUGGGCGAGGGGCACCGUCAAAGAGCUCAACGGCGGGAGGUGCAAAGAGUCAGAAAGCCUCACAGGGUGUGUCAAAGACCCCAACAGCGGGUCGUAGGUCAACGGGGAAGACAGCAACAGCAUCAUCCUCCACACCUGCCACGCCAAAAGCCUCCCCGAAGGUUGAAGCAGCAGCGGGGGGAAAGGACAGCAAAGUUGGGUUCUGUGUGAUGGCAAAAUGGGUGGAUAAGAUGUACUAUGCUGGACGGGUGCAGGCCGAAAAGACUGGCGGGAAGUAUUCCAUUCACUUUGAGGAUGGUGCACUGAAGACACUCAAUCGGGACAAUAUUGUCUUUGGGCAGGGGGAUGUGAUGCCAUUCUUGCAUCAAUCGGUACAUGCUCUCGUUGAGGGGGACACAUACGAGCCGGGACUCGUAACUGAGGUGACAAUGGACCAAAAUGAUCAGAUUAUGUACACGGUGGAGACGGACACGAAGACCGUUGUGCGGAGUGCUUCGGAUAUUUAUUUGGAGGAGGAUCAGGCAAAGGAUAUUCAGGCGGCAAUUAAGAAGGACCCCCAAACGGGACUUGUGGACUUGGCCACAGUCAAACGGGUCAGUCGUAGAUCCUCCAGUGCAUCGGAAUCCGAUGCAUCGGGACGGAAGAAGGGGACAACAGCACGCAAGUCUGAUUCCAAAGGAAGUGAAGCUGAACCCGGCUACUCUGGUGGGGAUGCCAAGAAGGGACGACGCGGAAAGAGAGUGGAAUUCCCACCACCAGCUGUAACGCUCAAUGAGAGUCAAAGUAGUGAUAUAUCCGACAUUCCUGACACGGAAACGGUGCCUCAGAGUCCCGAAGCGACCGCCUUGGAGGCCAUUGAUGGCGUUCAACCGGAAUUGCAGAAGACAUCCAAGGAAAUUGAUCGAAUGCGGAGAUUCUACUUUGAUGAAUAUCUGCGGAAUGGGCAAUCCUUGGAGGAGAUCCUGGGACCUAUUCCGAAGUCGAGAAACCUUUUUAGGAAUAAAAGUUUCAUCCUCACGAUCACAUUUGAGGGGAGAUUUACGCAAAUUUCGGAAUUUGGAAGUGAAAAGGGUCUGGCGAAUGAAUCACAGCGUGUUCCCUUCUUCAAGGAUCACCUGCAACGGCAAAUUGAGGAGGGGGGUGGGAAGGUGUAUCAAUACUGGGAGGAUGUGCCGAAAAAUAAGUACACAAAUUGCAAACUUAUUGCGCCUUUUCCCUGCACAACGGCAAAGUAUGUGCAAUGUUUAGCCUCAGGGAUUCACGCUAUUUCGCAUGAAUGGAUCAUUGAGAGUUGCCGAAAUAAUCGAAUGAUGGACAUUAAGGAUUACAUCCUUCCAACGGGAUGGUCAAUAAUUGAGAAGAAGUUCAUUGUGCCCGUUGUAAAGCGCAUUGUGAGCAAUUCAAAGGCCUUCGUGGACCUCAAUAUUCUCCUUGUGAGUGAGAAUAAGGACUUUAUGGACUUUUGGAGUAGAGUCUGUAAGCUCGCCGGAGCGGCAUCGGUGCAGGCAGUUAAAUCUGUUGAUGAUAUCUCGACAAUUCAGAAGGGAUUCCUCCUGGUUGGCCGAGAAGUUCAUCCGGUUUUAAUUGAAAAAGCCAAGGACUUCAAUAUAUCCGUUGUUUCCACCGUGUGGGUGGUGCAGAGUCUCAUUUCCGGCACGUGCUGUGAUGCCGAUGCCCAUGAGAGCCUUACAAAGUUCUUCGCAGAUGACUGCUGAGCCCCACCUGGACCACAAAACAAAUGGCGGCAGCAUUGAGUCGUAGUUUUUAGCGGUUGUUAGCUCAUGAUUCACAUGAAAUACCUGUCAAUUUUUUAGAUGUGUAAUGUAAUAAUCUGUACAAAAUUUUUAAUCGUUUUCAAACAUCUUUAAAAUUUAUGAAAAAAAGGACAUUUUUCCAUUAGACUGUUCUUUUAGAAAGGGAUCUUUUUGUUAAACAAUUUUCUAAAAAAAAUGUGCGCCUUCUGUUCCGUUACAAUAAAAGACUAAUUUAAAAAUUUGAA